AUGGAAAGCAGCUCCUGAUGUGAGAGCUGAGCAUACACACCCUCUGUGUACUCUCUCACACACACACACAGGGCGCUCGCUGGCUUUAACUGCCCUCUAACUGCCCGUCCUGCUCUGGGAUGGACUGCCCAGCACCCUGAUAUCCAGUCUGCGUAGGGUACACGGAGAAGGCACGUACACCCAGAACAACUGAUCAUGAUCAGUAGAUAGCAUUCUGCAGGAUGACCAUGGCUCCCCGGAAAAGGAGCCGUCAUGCUAUGGGGUUCCUGUGCUGCUUUGGGAGCAGCGAACACCCAGAAAUUAACCUCAAGGACAACAACCCGCUUCAGUUUGUGGAGUUUGCAGGGCCCAUACCAUCGCCCGAGGAGCUCAAUGCCCGGUUCUCCGAGCUGGUGGAUGAGCUGGAUCUCACAGAUAAGAACAGAGAAGCCAUGUUUGCCCUCCCACCGGAGAAGAAAUGGCAGAUCUACUGCAGCAAAAAGAAGGAGCAGGAAGACCCAAACAAGUUGGCGACCAGUUGGCCGGAUUAUUACAUUGAUCGGAUAAAUUCCAUGGCUGCAAUGCAGAGAUUGUACACCUUUGAUGAAGAGGACACAGAAAUGAGGAAUAAAAUAGUGGAAGACUUGAAGACUGCGCUGAGGACACAGCCCAUGAGGUUUGUAACCAGAUUCAUUGAGUUGGAUGGUCUAACGUGCCUGCUGAACUUCUUAAAGAGUAUGGACUAUGAAACAUCUGAGAGCCGCAUACACACAUCCGUUAUAGGAUGUAUCAAGGCACUGAUGAAUAACUCACAGGGGAGGGCUCAUGUCCUCGCUCACCCUGAGAGUAUCAACAUCAUUUCCCAGAGUUUACGGACAGAGAACAUUAAAACCAAGAUUGCUGUCCUGGAGAUCCUGGGAGCUGUGUGUCUGGUUCCUGAUGGCCACAAGAAGGUUCUUCAAGCCAUGCUGCACUACCAGGUCUAUGCUGCAGAGAGAACACGAUUCCAGACGCUGCUUAACGAAUUAGACCGAAGUAUGGGGAAAUACCGAGACGAAGUGAAUCUCAAAACAGCAAUAAUGUCCUUCAUCAAUGCCAUACUGAAUGCCGGAGCUGGGGAGGAUAAUUUGGAAUUUCGAUUGCACCUUCGGUACGAGUUCCUCAUGUUGGGAAUACAACCUGUGAUUGAAAAACUGAGAAGACAUGAAAAUGCAACUCUCGACAGGCAUUUAGAUUUCUUUGAGAUGGUCAGAAAUGAAGAUGAGAUGGAACUAGCCAAGCGAUUUGAGAUGGUUCACAUUGACACCAAAAGUGCCUCUCAGAUGUUUGAACUGAUUAAAAAGAAACUGAAACACACCGACGGAUAUCCUUAUCUGUUAUCCAUUCUCCAACACUGUUUGCAGAUGCCAUAUAAGUGGCAAGGUAAUAGUCUACAACAAUGGCAGCUUCUAGAUAGGAUAUUACAACAAAUUGUGCUUCAGGAUGAAAAUGGCGAAGACCCAGAUGUAACGCCUUUAGAAAACUUCAACGUCAAAAAUAUCAUUAGAAUGUUAGUAAAUGAGAAUGAGGUAAAACAGUGGCGCGAGCAAGCGGAGAAAUUCAGGAAAGAGCACACAGAACUGACAUGUCGACUGGAGAGGAAAGAACGAGAGUGUGAAACAAAGACACAAGAAAAGGAAGAUAUGAUGAAGACAUUAAAUAAGAUGAAAGAUAAGCUUCAGAAAGAGUCGUUGGAACUGCGGCAGGCACGUGAUCAGAUGGGCAAUCUCGUGGCUCAGCUAAAUGACAUCUCGAAUGGUGGCACUAUAUCUUUUUCUCAACCUCCACCCCCUCCUCCCGGUGGCCCUUUCACAUUUCCAUCAUCCUUCCCAGAAAAUAUACCUCCCCCACCACCUCCCCAACCAUUUUCCUGUUUCCCUCCACCUCCUCCACCACCUCCACCCCCUGGUGGUCCACCGCCCCCACCCGGAGCUCCUCCUUUUAUCAGCAUGGGCAUCCAGGCUCCACCACUCAACUCUUUCAAUGGUGGCAUCAACUUGAGGAAGAAAUCUAUUCCCCAACCAUCGAACCCACUGAAAUCAUUCAACUGGUCUAAACUCAAUGAGGAUAAAAUCAAUGGGACCAUAUGGAAUGAGAUCGACGACAUCCGAGCUUUCAAGGCGUUGGACUUGGAAGAGUUUGAGAAAAUGUUUUCUGCGUAUCAGAGGCACCAGGAUCUGCUAACUAACACUGCUCUGAAACAGAAAGACAUGGACUCUAUGGAAGAUCUCUAUCUGUGCACCCGCAAAGUGAAGGAACUAUCCGUAAUCGAUGGGCGAAGGGCACAGAACUGUGUCAUUCUCCUCUCUAAAUUAAAGCUGUCCAAUGAAGAGAUAAAGAAGGCCAUCAUGGAGAUGGACGAACAGGAAGACCUUCCCAAGGACAUGCUGGAACAGCUUUUGAAAUUUGUUCCUGAAAAAAGUGACAUGGAUCUUCUGGAGGAACAUAAGCAUGAAAUAGAUCGUAUGGCGCGUGCUGACCGCUUCCUCUAUGAAAUGAGCAGAAUUGAUCACUACCAGCACCGGUUGCAAGCUUUGUUCUUCAAGAAGAAGUUACCCGAGCGGCUGGCUGAAACGAAACCCAAAGUGGAAGCCCUUCUCCUGGCCAGCAAGGAGCUGAUACGGAGCAAGAGAUUAAGGCAGCUGUUGGAGGUGGUCUUGGCGUUUGGAAAUUACAUGAAUAAAGGACAGAGGGGAAAUGCGUAUGGAUUCAAGGUUUCAAGUCUAAACAAAAUCGUUGACACAAAAUCGAGCAUAGACAGGAGCAUCACCUUGCUGCACUAUCUGAUUAUGAUAUUCGAGAAGACAUAUCCAGAUAUACUGAACAUACAGACUGAACUUCAGCAUCUCUCAGAAGCAGCUAAAGUCAACUUGGUUGAAUUGGAAAAGGAAGUCUGCAACAUUAAAAAUGGUCUGAGAGCGGUGGAAUCCGAACUUGAAUACCAGAAAAGACAAUACCGAGAACAGUGUGACCGUUUUGUCCCGGUCAUGAGUGAUUUCAUCACGGUAGCAAGUUUCAGCUUCUCAGAAUUGGAAGAACUCCUGAGCGAAGCUCGAGAUAAGUAUGCCAAGGCGAUGAAGCAUUUUGGGGAAUCUGAGAGCAAAAUGCAGCCGGACGAGUUUUUUGGUAUAUUUGACACCUUUCUGCAGUCCUUCGUGGAGGCCAAACAAGACUUAGAGAACAUGAGGAAGAAGAAAGAGGAGGAGGAACGAAGAGCUCGAAUGGAAGCCAUGCUCAAAGAGCAACGAGAGAAGGAGAGGCGGCUUAAAAAGGCAAAGGAAGGAAGCAUGUCCGAAGAAGGUGGAGAAUUUGAUGACCUGGUCUCAGCUUUAAGAUCUGGUGAAGUCUUUGACAAAGACUUGUCCAAACUUAAAAGGAAUCGAAAGCGCUCUGGGAAUCAGAUUUUGGACACUAGCAGAGAAAGAGCUGUUACAAAGUUAAAUUACUAAGAAAAAAAAGGAGGGAAAAUUAAGUGAAAAUGGAGGAGAACAGCUUGAGAAGAAGAAUUGAAGGUCACUGGAAAGUGUUUGGUUCCUUUGUAGAAGGACCAUUUGCGAUUGAGAUUGCUUGCAAAGGAUGCUUGCAUAAAUGCCAUGGAGAAGGAUUACUCGAAUACUUGGAUAAAAGAGUGUCUAAAUAGGUUAUGGAUGACUUGCAACAUUCAUGCAUGGGGUGCAGCAAGCAAGAAGAUUACUGCGACAUGCUCCGAACAGGCUUUUACAAGUGCCAAAUUAUUUUCUUUUGCACUGUCUUACAUUUCAGACAUAAAACAUGAGAUUAUAUUCAGGAUCUGGCUUUCCAGAUGAUGGACAGAGACUACAGACCCCAAGAUCUGGCUGAAGACGUGGUGGUCAAAAAAACCAAAGAGAGGAUAUAAUAUGAGGACAACGUGGAGGUAUAAGGACUGUGUAGAUAUAUUAUAAUGCUUCUUGCAGACAGAGGCACUUUCUUGAAGAAAACAUUUGGCAACGUCUUUUUCAAUAGGGUUAUGGAUAAAUAAUCUUUUUUAGAUUUUAGUAAACAGAAUGAAAUCUGUUCGGUUCCAGUAUAAAUGGGAAUUCAUUGUUUUCAUAUCAAUCCAAACUUGAGUUUUGUACCGAAUGUUAUACAAACUUACCAACUCGGGUAUAUUCUAGGACUCCCACCAACGUCUGAAACUGAACAUAAAAACCACUCUAUGAUUGCAACAUUUUAUGCACUUUGUACCCUCUCAUAAGUUUCCGUUGGAUACCUUUUGGCUAAGGAGAUGCUGUCAUAUUGUGGAACUGGCUAAACAAAAGCACAUGUAAGGAGUGAGCAAUGCAGGAUGUUAAGAAGUAUACUCUUGUAAGAUAUUUUGAGAAUGUGGGCAAAAAUUAGACAUUUCAAAUUUCCAAUGAAGCAUUCUGGCAGAGUUAAAGCAAAUGCACGUCAGUAACUUCACAAAAAAGAAAGUUCAAACCCUCGGGGAAGAACCACAAUGCAAAAGUGACUUACCAAUUC